CUCGAAGUUAAAGUUGUCUAUGCUAAUAGUGCGCGUUAAAUAUACUAGAAAAAUAGUAAUAUUAAUUUAUAAACUUCGUGUAUCUAAUUUUUAAUCAACUGCUUUCUCGAUUAUAAGUCAACAAUAUUUUUGUUUGAUGAAAAUUCAUGUAGAAAUAAUUAUAAUUAGUAUUUGGCUAUUAGUUAUGUGAACUGAAUGUUUGCAUAUAUUGUUAUUCAUUUAUUUAAAUAGUGAUUUUAAUUAAUUUAGACAUUUUCAUGAAAGGAUAAAAAUCUGGAUUUUUAAAAUAUUAACGAACUUUUGAGAAAUUGAUUCAUUUUAUUUAGGAAAAAAAUGGCAUCAAAAAGAUUUGUCAAAAUGAAUUUGAAACCUGUCUUUUUUUUUUUUAAAAUUGUACAACAUUUUUUUCAUCGAUAGCAAAGUCCAAUAAAAAUAAUUUGAUGAUUUUAUCUAUACGACUUUAAGUGUUCAAUUGUUGAUUGAUAUGUGGACGAGUUGGUGUAGCACAGAUUAUAUUCACAAAGUGAGUAUGUCUAGAAGAAAACUUGGUGAUAAACAAUUUAACAACGUGGAUUAUACACAGCUUACAGAAACUGAUAAUGGUUUUGUUGAUUCCCAGUUUGUGAAUCCAUCAGUAAAAAUACCAUGGAAAGCCAUUACAUUAGCUGCUCUUCUUUUUGUUGGAGGUACUAUAAUGCUUAUUAUGGGCAGUUUAAUUGUAAGUGGACAUAUUGAUUCAAAGUAUUCAGAUCGUAUGUGGCCACUUAUUAUUUUAGGGAUUCUAAUGUUUAUACCAGGUGCUUAUCAUAUGAGGGUAGCUAUUUUAGCUUAUCAAAAAGUACCAGGUUAUUCAUUUGAUGACAUACCAGAAUUUGAUUAAUCGAAUGUAUUUGAAGAAGUAAUUAUGAAGAUUUUAAAUAAUUAAUAUCUUAAAUGUUUAAUUUAUUUUGUUUUUAAACUAUAAAUAUGUUUUUAUUGAAUUAUACAUAUAAAUAUCAAGAGUUACUUAUAAUAGACAUAGCAAUUUUUAUUUAAAUUAAUUUUAUACAUUAAUAUUUUAUUUAAAUGUUCAUUUUAUUAGA